AUGACAAACUGGAGAAGGGUCCCAGAGCCCUGGCACGGCCUCAGCCCCACUGACAGCACCGUGCUCCUCCCGCAGCCCGACGGCACCCGUGCUCCCCUGGAGAUUGUGCUGCUGGACAAGGUGUCCUCUGGCUGUACUGCUAUCAUUCAGCUGCUGGAGUGGCUUGAGCUCCCCGACAGCUUCUCGUUAGUGUUGGAGUGUCCACAGCAGUGCCAGGACCUCUCGCAUUUGCUGGCGGAGCAGGGGUUCCUGCCGGAGGAGGAGGCGCGGAGGCUCUUUCGCCAGGUGCUGGAGGCCGUGCAGCACUGCAGCAGCUGCAGGGUCCUGCACAGGGACAUCAAGCCAGAGAACAUCCUGCUCGACCUGGCCAUGGGGCAGCUGAAACUGAUUGACUUUGGCUGUGGCGCCUUCCUCCAAGACACAGCCGACACCCAGUUUGCAGGAACCCUAUCCUACAGCCCACCAGAGUGGAUCCACCAGCAACGCUACCAUGGCCAGGCAGCAACAAUCUGGUCCCUGGGCCUCCUGCUGUACCAGCUGGUCAUAGGGAAGCACCCAUUCAUGAGGGGCCAGCAGAUCAUCUGGGGGCAGAUCUUGUUCCCACGACAGCUCUCCCAAGAAUGCCAAGAUAUUAUUAAGAGAUGUUUGUCCAUGCAACCCUUGGACAGGCCAUCCUUAGAAGACCUUUUCCAAGAUCCUUGGAUGCAGGGUGUUCAUCUGCCCUAGGAGAUGGGAAAUCCACAUGCACAGUUGGAUCCAAGGGCCUGGCAGGGAAGGAGAAGGAGCCCCUGGAGAAGCUGUUACCAGGUGAUGCUGCUGCUGGAGACACCAAGGGCAACCUCAAGGAUGGCAAUCUCUUCCUCCACCUGGCCAGCUGAAGAUGAUCAAUUUCAAUUCUGGCAUGUCUUCUUCAAAGACUCGCUCCACGCCCAAUUUGCAGCCGGGCUCUGCGGAUGCUGAGGCUGCUCUGGGCUCUGCCAGGGCUCUGCUGGGCUCAGCCCCAGGCACAGCUGGGCUCACCCUGCCCUCCCAUUGCUCUGACAGCUUUGCAUCGCAUGAGCCCGUUCCCAGCACACCACCUGAGCUUUCUGCUUUUGCAGAAGUGCCACUGCUGUGUUCCUGAGGCAGUGCAGUCUGGAGCUGAUGGAUGAAGAAUUGCCCUUCUGCACUUCCAAACCAGAGCAAAAAGCUGAAUCAUGCUGUGAAAAAGAAGUGUUCUUUGCUCCUGGUUCCCGUGUGGAGCAGCUCCCUUCCCGCUGGCU